AUGCACAAAUUAAAACGAGAUCUUAUUGAGGACAAUAAAAUUGAGUGGGAGAAGGAUCAAGGAUGGCUAUCAACGUCUAAUCCAUUUGAAUUACUAUCGCUCUCAAGCACAAGUCUACAGAGCCCUAAGACACAGUUAAAACCUCUUCACUCAUCAACUCCAGAAAGAAGUGCAAACCCAAAGAAGAAACCACCAAGAAAGCUACCACUUAGAAUCCUGAAUGUCAACUGCCAGUCCAUAAAGAAAAAACAAGACAGAAUAGAAAACCUCAUAGAGAGCACUAAACCAGAUAUCAUCAUCGCCACAGAAACAUGGCUGGACCCCUCUAUCACCGACAACCAAGUUUUCCCAGACAACUUCAAACUUUGGCGAAAUGAUCGCAAGACAGGCACAGGCGGUGGAGUACUCAUCGCAGUCAAAGAUUCAAUACUCAGCACAGACAUCCCAGAACUCCAAACAGACUGUGAGAUAGUCUGGGCCAAGGUCAACAUUGUUGGAGCCAAAUCAUUGCUUAUUUGCUCAUCCUACCAUCCUAAAACAUCAGAUGAACACAACCUACUCCAUUUCCAAGAAUCUGUUAGCCGUGCAACAUCAAUUAAAGACUCUGUUCUACUCAUUGCGGGAGACUUUAACCUCCCAGGCUGGGACUGGAAAUCAAAAACACUGAAAGCAGGCACAGCCCAUGCACGCCUCCAUUAUCAGUUCUCAGACUGCCUAGAUGACAAUGGAUUUAUCCAAAUUGUUGAAGAUACAACAAGAAAUAACAACACUCUUGACAUUGUAAUAACAAAUCUCCCCAGCAAAGUACAGCAAAUAACUACAAUGCCCGGCAUAUCUGACCAUGACACUGUCUUCGUUGAGCUUGACCUCAGCCCUGUCACCCAUACCCAAACGCCCCGGAAGAUCCCACUGUACAAGAAGGCUAGAUGGGAUAGCAUGAAGGAAGACAUGGCAACACUCCACCAAACAAUCAAGUCAAUGGCGGAAAACAACACCGACAUCAACACUAUCUGGGACAAAUUUACAACUACAUUGAAAACAAGUAUACAACAACAUAUUCCCCACAAAACUGCUAGGCCAAGAGAAACAUCACCAUGGAUUGACAAAAGCAUCAAAAGACUUAUACGAAAACGUGACCGUCUCCAUAAGAAAAUGAAAAAAUCUCAAGACAAACAACAUCAAAGAAAUUACAAGAACUGCAAACACUUAGUGCAGAAGAAACUCCGACAAGCCUACUGGACAUAUGUCGACAAUAUUGUAACACCGCAGCCUUCAGAUCCAAACAUACACAGCAGUCAGAAACGUUUCUGGACCUUCAUAAAACACAAGAAGAAAGACAAUCAAACAAUUACUGGACUAAAAGAACAUGGACAACUCCACUCCGAUCCUAAGUCCAAAGCUAACAUUCUAAAUCGACAGUUCAAAUCUGUAUUCACAGACAACAUCAAGAUCACUGCUGAUGACUCCAAAAAGGGGGACUACGUCAAUCCACAAUCAACACAUCCUGUAGCCCCUGAAAUAUCUGAAAUAUAG